AUGGAUCAUCAUCUAAUAUCUGAGGUAGAACCUGGGGUUCCAGUCAAUGCUCCCUCUGAGCUGAGGAUAUCUGAGGUAGAACCUGGGGUUCCAGUCAAUGCUCCCUCUGAGCUGAGGAUAUCUGAGGUAGAACCUGGGGUUCCAGUCAAUGCUCCCUCUGAGCUGAGGACAUCUGAGGUAGAACCUGGGGUUCCAGUCAAUGCUCCCUCUGAGCUGAGGAUAACUGAGGUAGAACCUGGGGUUCCAGUCAAUGCUCCCUCUGAGCGGAGGAUAUCUGAGGUAGAACCUGGGGUUCCAGUCAACGUUCCCUCUGAGCUGAGGACAUCUGAGGUAGAACCUGGGGUUCCAGUCAAUGCUCCCUCUGAGCUGAGGAUAUCUGAGGUAGAACCUGGGGUUCCAGUCAAUGCUCCCUCUGAGCUGAGGACAUCUGAGGUAGAACCUGGGGUUCCAGUCAACGUUCCCUCUGAGCUGAGGAUAUCUGAGGUAGAACCUGGGGUUCCAGUCAAUGCUCCCUCUGAGCUGAGGACAUCUGAGGUAGAACCUGGGGUUCCAGUCAACGUUCCCUCUGAGCUGAGGAUAUCUGAGGUAGAACCUGGGGUUCCAGUCAAUGCUCCCUCUGAGCUGAGGACAUCUGAGGUAGAACCUGGGGUUCCAGUCAACGUUCCCUCUGAGCUGAGGACAUCUGAGGUAGAACCUGGGGUUCCAGUCAAUGCUCCCUCUGAGCUGAGGACAUCUGAGGUAGAACCUGGGGUUCCAGUCAACGUUCCCUCUGAGCUGAGGAUAUCUGAGGUAGAACCUGGGGUUCCAGUCAAUGCUCCCUCUGAGCUGAGGAUAUCUGAGGUAGAACCUGGGGUUCCAGUCAAUGCUCCCUCUGAGCUGAGGAUAUCUGAGGUAGAACCUGGGGUUCCAGUCAAUGUUCCCUCUGAGCUGAGGAUAUCUGAGGUAGAACCUGGGGUUCCAGUCAACGUUCCCUCUGAGCUGAGGACAUCUGAGGUAGAACCUGGGGUUCCAGACAAUGUUCCCUCUGAGCUGAGGACAUCUGAGGUAGAACCUGGGGUUCCAGACAAUGUUCCCUCUGAGCUGAGGAUAUCUGAAGUAGAACCUGGGGUUCCAGUCAACAUUCCCUCUGAGCUGAGGAUAUCUGAGGUAGAACCUGGGGUUCCAGUCAAUGUUCCCUCUGAGCUGAGGAUAUCUGAGGUAGAACCUGGGGUUCCAGUCAACGCUCCCUCUGAGCUGAGGAUAUCUGAGGUAGAACCUGGGGUUCCAGUCAAUGUUCCCUCUGAGCUGAGGAUAUCUGAGGUAGAACCUGGGGUUCCAGUCAAUGCUCCCUCUGAGCUGAGGACAUCUGAGCUGAGGAUAUCUGAGGUAGAACCUGGGGUUCCAGUCAAUGCUCCCUCUGAGCUGAGGAUAUCUGAAGUAGAACCUGGGGUUCCAGUCAACAUUCCCUCUGAGCUGAGGAUAUCUGAGGUAGAACCUGGGGUUCCAGUCAAUGUUCCCUCUGAGCUGAGGAUAUCUGAGGUAGAACCUGGGGUUCCAGUCAACGCUCCCUCUGAGCUGAGGAUAUCUGAGGUAGAACCUGGGGUUCCAGUCAAUGUUCCCUCUGAGCUGAGGAUAUGUGAGGUAGAACCUGGGGUUCCAGUCAAUGCUCCCUCUGAGCUGAGGACAUCUGAGGUAGAACCUGGGGUUCCAGUCAAUGCUCCCUCUGAGCUGAGGAUAUCUGAAGUAGAACCUGGGGUUCCAGUCAACAUUCCCUCUGAGCUGAGGAUAUCUGAGGUAGAACCUGGGGUUCCAGUCAAUGCUCCCUCUGAGCUGAGGAUAUCUGAGGUAGAACCUGGGGUUCCAGUCAAUGUUCCCUCUGAGCUGAGGAUAUCUGAGGUAGAACCUGGGGUUCCAGUCAAUGCUCCCUCUGAGCUGAGGACAUCUGAGGUAGAACCUGGGGUUCCAGUCAAUGCUCCCUCUGAGCUGAGGAUAUCUGAGGUAGAACCUGGGGUCCCGAUUAAUGUUCCCUCUGAGCUGAGGAUAUCUGAGGUAGAACCUGGGGUCCCGAUUAAUGUUCCUGGGGUUCUGGUCAAAAUCUGCCUCUGCAGAGAAGCGCGAGAUUGA